GCAACGGUCGGUCACCCAGCUGGAAGAAUUGGAUGGAUAACGGCUUACUUUGAUACGCUGACAACGAACGACAAUCUUCCUUGCUUGACUCAGCCCGUACCUCGAGACCUCCAACUGCAUACAUUCUCCUUGUGGACUGAGCAUCAUGGCACGAUCAUCAAUCUCCCCAGGGAGGGCGGUCACGCUAGAGAGUCUCCCACCAGAGAUAACACAGCGCUGUUUGUCACUUUGUGACCCAGUAGAUGUCGCUGCGUUUGCCCAGACCUCCCAUGCCAACCGGGACUUCGUGUACAGCGCAUUUGACCAAGUGCUAUGGAGGGAACUCUUUCUAGCUCUCUUUGAUGACCCGCGUGUGACGGACCCACCAACCGCUGCGCUCUGGUCACGUUUCAGCAAGCUCGAUCUCUGGCAGAAACAGCUGUGCGAGCGUAUAUGCGCAAGGCAAGUCUUGCGUGGGCUCAAGCGUAAGCUUAUCGCCAGCGUCGCUCGUGCAGGUGGCCGGACGGACGACCCAACUUCGAUCGAUGUCGACUCAGCCGACUUCACGGGUGUGCUCAAGGGCGAAAAAGAAUUUUCCGAAGCUUUGAGAGUGCUCGUACAUGUAUUCGAUACUGCGCGUGGAAAUGUAGAUCCUAAGACCCUCCCUGUUGGUAUGGUAUCCAGCGAGGAGGAUUGGGACAGCAAGAAUGUCGACUUCGUCCGAAGCACAUUGGACCACCCAUUACUGCGCAAGCUCGUCUGGGACCACACACCCGAGGAAGCGAAGCAAGCAUCCGCGAAACUCCACGUACAUUUCGGUCUGACCGACUGGGACCUCACCACCAUCGCCGAGCGUGGGAAAGCUCGAGAGAGAGUAUAUCGCCUAGCAAACUACCACGAGCGGAACCGUUGGGGGCCGUACACAGGUGACUUCACACGCACGCCUAACUGGGAACACCUAGAAGCGAUGAUGCUUGUUGUGGGAAGGAACGUGAACGAGCGCGUUGACGACUGGAGGUUGCAGGACGGCGAUGCACCAUUGAUGGGUCUUCACGCGGCUAGAAACUAUACGAUGCCCUCUAUUGAACCAAAGGCACCUGCACUAGAAAUUGGAGACUGGGCUGGCGUUACCGGUAAGUGGUACCGGGUAGUAUGCUUCAUGGAUUACAGGGACCUCUGGGGUUACAAUUAUGGUGACUUCCUGGCGUUCAACCCAAGUUUCAUGGAGCAGUACAGUGAAGCAGUUCGCGUGAUGUCUUUCAACCUGAAGGUCGACUCCGUUGGCGUGCCACCUAAAGACAUUGGCAUCCGAGGCGCAAACGUGCAGACACCACCUGCGAUUCACGCCCUUACGCGCUCGAAUCACAUGCAGGACAGCUAUUUCCCCUCCGCUCAACGCGAGGACGAAGACGAAAAUGAAGACAGUGAAAACGAGGAAUGGGGGAAGCGGAAGGAGGAGCGCCCCGAUGAAGACGAACACGAUCGCCGUGCACACGAGGAGAUUGCUAAUGUGUACCGCUCUGCCGAGCUAGGGAAACUCUCGCCGCUCUCAGCAAAGAUCAUCGCUGCCAAGGCGACCUCAACAACCACCUCGCCAACAUCUUCCGGGUCGCACCGCUCCGCGUUCUCCACUCUGUUCACUGGCUCGCCCAGCUCGAGCACUUCCGCGAGCCCUGAAUCCUCGCACCUUUCGCCCGCUCCGGCCCGCAUGUCCAAGCGGCCCUCUCUCUCCGAGCAGUACCCAACGAUAUACUUUUCCGGUUCCGUCCGCUCAUCGGAUGCGUGGCACCCAACUUCUCAUGUCCACGGCAGGGUCGAGAUGGGCGAAGAUGGUACGGUGUUCUGGAAAUUAACGAGCAACUAUGAUGGUCAAGACCGGUGGGUUAGCGAGGGGGUCCAGAUCGGUGGAAUGAAAAGCAGAAUGGGCGUCCUGGGUAUCUGGAGCGAUGCGUUCCACGAGCAUGAAGGACCUGCGGGACCGUUCUGGUUCUGGAAAGCAGCCAAUUCUGACCCCCCACCCCGUGGUCGAUAAAUACACGCAGGCGACCUUUUCUUUUUUCUGCUUCUCGGUCAUUCCUGUAUCAUGCACUUGGCCCCCGUCAGAUAACUUAUGAUGCUCCCCGAAGUGGACUGUCGUCUCCGUUCUUCAUCCACAUCUUGGGCCUUCUUGCCCACCGCCAUUCC